UUGACAUCGAAGACUUUAUAUAAGGUGCUACAUAGAGGAUACAAUUUAGUACUAUCCUAAAUAUCGAAGGAUUAUCCGAUCAGUGUCUUAGAAAAAUGUGGGCGAAGUGUUGUAUUCUGUUGAUUGGUUACUUUGUAACAGGAUCGAUUGCGGGUGGCGUUUCAUUCAUCAAGCCAUGUAAACCGUUAGACAGUCCAUGCAUUAUAAAUUCUGCAAAAAUUGCCCUGCCACAUCUAGCCAAGGGUGUAUCAGAGUUUGGCACUCCGAGUCUUGAUCCUCUUCACAUUAACAAAGAGGUCAAAGCUGAUUCCGGAGAAUUGAAGAUAAGCUUCAAAGACGUUGUCGUUCAUAAGCUGAGUCAAUGUGAUUUUGAGAAAAUAGUCCGUGAUCCCGUGCAAUCCACUGCAAGUCUGGUAGUAGUUUGUCCUCUGACAAUUGAGGGUGAAUAUACAGCGGGAGGAAAACUAUUCUAUUUAGAUAUUUUUGGAAAUGGACCCUUUUCGAUCAAGGAUGGUACAAUUAGGAUCUCAAUUGAUCUCAAACUCAAAACAUUUAAUGACAAAGAAGGCAAAAAGCACUACAAGAUCGGAAGCUUCGACUAUGAAUUCGAACCAUUGAAACGUUUUGAUAUUAAGUUGAGUAAUUUGUUCAACGGUGACAAGGCACAAGCUGAUCCAAUCGAGAAAAUUAUCAGCGAAAGUUGGAAGGAGCUGAUUCUUGAUAUUGGUAAACCAGUCUUAAGGGAAGGUGUCACGAGCAUAGCCAGUGCCAUCGAUAAAAUGUUCAAGAAUGUUGCAGCUGAAGAUCUCGAACUCCCAGAAUAAAUAAAAAUUCUCAGCGCAUUUUAAAUUCUUCUUAGAUUAAGCAUUAAAAUGGUUGUGAUUAAUUUUUUACAUAUUUUGGAUUGAGUGAUUAAAUUUUCAAAGUUUAUUAGAUUAA